GUCAAGUCAACCGCCAAGCACGGUUCAUAGCCACCGCUAUCCCUCAGUAUCAGCAGGUCUUGUGCUGGAAUAACUCGUAAAGGUGCCAGAGGAUAAUAAAACGUAUAAUUUUGCCGAAGAAUCAGUGGGGCACUUUGACGAUAUUAUAACGAUGGAAUGACGUCAUAGAGUUAUCUACAUGACGGUAAAACGCGCAAUUUUCCGCAUCCUCGGAACAUCCAAGGCCUAUACCCAGAGUGAUGUGCUCAACGUCCUCGAGUAGUUUCGGCUUGACCUCAAUUUGAGAAGGCACUGCAUUCUGAUGCGGGAUUAUGCCUCGAGGAACUCAACGUUCUUUCUUCCGCGCCCUCCUUCGUAAGAGUCAACCUCAAGUUCCCACGACCAGCUUCCCUUAGCGCCCAUCCCUAGAAACGAAAACUCUCGAUGAUAGUCGAUAGAUCGGUGUCUGUUUUUGACGCAGCUCGCAACGGCAGCGCCAGGAUAUCACGCUGCCGAAGCGGCACUCCCGGUCGGAACUGGCGUAUUGCGAACAGGCCGGCUAUUGGUCGUCAUCCUGCUGCCGUUAGAAGAGUUCCCGACCCAGAACCAAGGAUGUUUCCGACGAACUCUGAUCUUGUGCCUUCAGCCUCCACAAGCAACCGAAACCUGGGUCUAUUUCGUAUUCCAGACCCUACCGGCACUACCCUGGGGCCGUCUUUGCUCUUCCAAGGCGUUGGCAGAAGUAUAUGCAUGACUUGACCUUAAUUGGGGAGUAGGCGUGGCGAUGCACUUAGGAUGAUAAUUGGAA